UUGGCGUUCCCGUGGGCUUUGUCCGUCACCGUAAAGCUUCCGUGUAUAUGCUGAGCGAACAGUUCCGACCAAAAUGGGUUUUAUAUACAUAUGAAAAUAUUAUUCCAUCUAAAACUAUUGGAGACAGAAACAUAUAUAAAAUAUGAAUAGAACAAUUUAGUGUGCGUAUGUGUAAACCUUUGAGUUCUGGUGGUUUUAGACAGUGACGGUGACAUUUUAACAAUUUGUAAUUAGUAAAUCAUCCAAAAUCAGAGCUCAAACCCCAUCUGAGGUGGUCUUCCAGUCAUUCACUCGGGUUUUUUCCCCCAAGGACCCCCACAUGCCCCCCAUGUUCGCAACGCUUAUAAAUGUGUACCCCUAAAUGCCAUAGGAAUUCAAAAGUUUUCUAUUUUUGAGAAAAAAGUCGACUCAACUUCUAGAGCACUUUAAAAGAACUACAACCAUAGCUAUAACAAAUAUAACAUAAUUAUUGAACAUAUACAGCACUAAAAUCAAUAAUAAAAUAUAUAAUAAUAAUAACAUAAUAAUAUUUUAUCCGUGACACCAGAGGUUAAGCAGUGUAGAAAAUGAAUGGCUGGAAUAUUAUCUUCUAAUUAAAAUAUAUAUCCUUCAAAACAAACUCCGGCAGUGCCCCUUGUGUGUCUUAAGACCAUACUGUCACAGUCCUUAUAUUUGGCCGCCUGCUGUUCCAAUGACGGCCCGUCGGUGGUCAAAGACAUAUUUUGGGCGGGAUAAAAAGUCAUAAUCCUCAAGCGAUGAAGUUGAAUUUUUCAGUGGUAACGUCGUAAUAAUAUGAUAUUAAAGUUAAAUAUAAUCAUAUGAAGGAAGUCAUAUUUUGGCAAGGGAAUUUCAAAAAUACAACUUUUUUUCUCAUAUUAUAACACUUUGUAUUCAAGAAAAGAUGGCUUUAUUUUAACAUUUUUGUUUUAAAAAAUACUCCCCAAAUGUUUUCUUUUGUACGUAAGUACAUUUCAGAAACUGUACUUUUGAAUUUUUUUUUUUUUACUUUUCCUUAAGUGCAGAAAUGGAAUGGAAAUGGAAUUUGCCAGUCUUUUUUUUUUUUUUUACACAAGUAUCUAUACUUCUGCUUAGUGUAAGUACUUUUGCCGACUCUGCUUUGGUCUACUCUAUCUGCAGUAAGACGAAAGUUUGAAAAGCGUUUGUAUGUUAUUAUUAUUAUUUAUUAUUUUGCAGCCAUUGCCCCCAUGAGUCCACGCUUGGAAGAUAAUUAACUAAAUCCUCACACAACAAACUUCCUUAAGGUGACUGUAUAAGAAUGAGCUGAAAAUAAAAGUCUGAUGAAGACAAACUGAAGAAAACAAAGCCAAUCAUUGGAUGAAUCCUGCAGGUCCAAGUUGUGUUUCUACGGCGGUCACUCAAAAAAACCCAACCCAAAAAACAACUUUAGUGGUCAAGGUACACCCAGGCGCUCCUCCCAUGACCGCACGGGGUCAGAGUCCCCCAGGUCGGCAGUUAGUACACAAAGAAACCACUUAAGAUUGUUUUCAGUCGGUACGUCUCUAGUUUAACUGACACUUAUAAGAGUUGUGCUUCUGAAACUUCCGUUGACUGUCUGGCCACAAACAGAAUAAGGAGUGUGUUUGUCCUAAAACAAUAAGUUGCUUUGACGCUUAUUUGCUCGUCCUUGCAAGCAAACUUCAGACCUUCAAGGAGGAGUACAGCAUUUGGAUUAUUUUCAAUGAAGCGCACUCAAGUAAGAGGUUUUCAGUUCCCUAGAUCAUCUACAUAAGUAUUCCUAUUGACUCAGUGACAAGUUUCGUGUUUAUUCUGUAAAACAAACAUGGAGAAGCGCGUGCACAAAGGACAAUUUUUUUUGGGAGGCGAGGAUGUAAAGAUUUUCCGAUCAGAAGGGGGGAAAAAAACAUGUGUACAUUCUUUGUCUAAUCUUGCAUUUAUUUAAACUCCAACAAGCUACAGCUUCAGGCUACUAAUAAAGUUGGACAUUCCCGCUCCGAAGGUCCUCAGUAGAGGAAGACACACACAAAAACCCUGCCUCAAAGACGAACGAUGGCAACCGACGAGACGCAGCAGAAAACAUCCAAGGCGGUAUAUUUCGCCAUACUGCCUGAUAAAUACGAACCUUUGAUUGAGGAUGAAGUAAGCGAGGAAACGCCAGGGGAAAAGUUGAGGAGGAAGGAGAAGAGGAAGAGGAGAAGGAAGAAGUACAUUAGGACUCACCGCCUGGGUACUGUAUGCUCACCAGAACGUGAAGAAAGCCUUCAACUUCAGCUGGCGAUGCCUGCUGAGCGGGUUGCAGAGCCUGGCCUCCUCAUACGUCAUACCGCUGUCGGGUGUGGCUGUCGUGAUGGAGCAUCAGCGGUCAGCGGCUAAUAAGGUGUGAUGGCUCCACCCGAGGAUGUAGCCUCACUGGGACACUUCCUGGCAACUCUUCAAUGUACAACUGUGUCCUAGAGUUGUGUUUUUUUUUUUUUUUUUUUCAUCCUGCAUGAAUUUUACUUCCUAAACGCCACAGCAGUUGAUUUCUUGUCACUUUUAUGUUUCACAAUGGAAAAGCUAUUUAGAUUAAUUUUUGCAAAAUAUUUCUAAGCAGUUUUAAAGACUGGAAAUUUAGUUGAGAUAUUUUUUUUCCAAAUACAUUGUACAUAAAGAUGACUGAUGAAAAUGUGCUAAGAUUGGGAAUUACGCAGUCCUGAAUUGUGGAGCUCUAGGGUUCUAUUUUUGUCACUAGCAUUGCGUGUGGCGUAACUCUGUGAGGAGGUGGUUCAGAACCGGUAUUGGUAUUUUCUGGAUCUGCGUAGAGAAGCGCUUUUAAAAGUGGGACGUCUGUGCUGGUGUGGGCGUGUUCACAGCAGACUUCAACCCUGUACAAUCAAAGCAGCUCCUCUCAUUCCCUUUAAAUGUAGCGCACAAGUGGUGCACUAACAGUCUUUGACUUGACGGAAGUAAGAAACUGAUUUGCUCGAGUCUGGGAGGUUAAAACGCACAAACUAUGUUUAUAAGGAAAUGCAAGCAGACUUGCACAGGCGGCUGAUGUACUGUAAAGUUGGCUCGUACAUUCACAUUCACACAGUCACUGAGGGGGAAGUGAACCCACGCUGCCUGCACAAAAGUCAGGUGAAUGUACCACUACACCAUCAGUGACUGAGCCUGGAAGUCCCACCUCCAGCCUGGAUGUCCCAUCGCCAACGUGGAUAUCCCAGCCCCAGCCAGGAAGACCCACCUCCAGCAUGGAAGUCCCACCUCCAUCUUGGAAGUCCCACCUCCAGGGUGGCUGACCCACCGCCAGCGUGGAUAUCCAUCCCCAGCCUGGAAUACCCACCUCCAGUACGGCAUGCAAGUCCCACCUUCAGCUUGGAUGUCCCAGCCACAGCCUGGAAGACCCAACUUCAGCGCCACCUGGAAGACCCCACCUCCAGCAUAGGUAGUCCCAACUCCAGCCUGGGAGAUUUACUUCAAGCCUGGAUGUCCCACUUCCAGUGCACAGAAAUAGCCCCCAAACACCUGUUUCGAAUGACCUUUUUAAUUUGAAUCAUCCAUCCAUCCAUACAAUUUCUUUACCGCUUAUCCUCACGAGGGUUGCGGCCUGCUGGAGCCAAUCCCAGCUAUCUUCGGGUGGGAGGCGGUGCACACCCUGAACCGGUCGCCAGCCAAUCGGGCACAUAGAAACAAACAACCAUUUGCACUCACAUUCAUACCUACGGGCAAUUUAGAGUCUUCAAUCAACCUACCAUGAAUGUUUUUGGGAUGUGUGCGGAAAUUGGAGUGCCCGGAGAAAACCCAACCAGGCACUGGGAGAACAUACAAACUCCACAACUGUUUGAAAAUUAAAUAGCUAGUCUUUGUAGUUUAUUCAAUUAAAUAUAGGUUGAUCAUGAUUUGUAAAUCAUUGUAUUCUGUUUUUAUUUAUGAUUAACACAAUGUCCCAACUUCACUGGAAUUGUGGUUGUAGUUUUAGAGUUCUAGAAGAAACUGUUCUCUUGCUGGUGUUUGGCUUUUUUCAACUAUUAAAAUGUAAAUGUAUAAUUGAUAAAGGCUAUUAAAAUGUCUAGUUAGAUAAGAUAAACUUUAUUACUCCCACAGUGGGGAAAUUUGCAAAGAGGUACAUUAAUCACAGAUGUAGUUUUAGCAGUAGGCUACUAGAUGCAGUCCAAGCACGGCAUAACUUCAUAAAAAUGAGAAAGCAUGGAUUAUAAAUUAGCUAGCUAACAUCAGUCAACAUGAUUUAUCAUAUCUCUGUAUAUUUAAAUGGCUACCAAAAGACUCUUGUCAAAACCAUUUCCUAGUUAUGUUAUUGCUAGCGAUUGUUGAUCACUAAUUUGGAUGGCACUGUUGGGCAUCACAUUACAAUUAAAAAAGGGGCAUCGUUACUUGUAAUAAUUUUUGCUUAGUAUCUCUGACGUUAGCUUCUUAGCAUGCUUCGUAUUUAUAUCCAUGUCCGGUGUAUGCGUGCAGUGUUUCUCCCUUUCGCUGUAGUAGCCAAAGAGUGGCAAUAACCAAAAAUUGUAUAUUUAAGACAAGAUAAUUCACUCUGUAACCCGCAGUGAUGAUUAGACAGAAGGUGGUAACUACCGACAAAUACGCAACUUUACUUUAUGCUAUAAGGGAGUGUUUCCCAAUCUUUGUUGAGCCAAGGCACACAGUUUACAUGAUGACAAUUUCACACACUACCAAACAAAAAGUAUACACAGGAUGGUCAACUAAUGAUGAUCUUGUCUUACUUUACACCCAAAUGAACUAACUCAGUCUCAGUAUGAAAUGGGGACCUGUUACGUUACACACAAAGCUAAGCCGUUACUUUUUUUCUGUAAGAAUGGCAACAGGUGGAUUCAUACAGUAGAUGGAUUUUAAGUUCUCUUCCAUCUAGUGGAAGCCAGGGGUUUUGUCAGAGAGGCAUAGCUUUAAACACACACGCACACACAUGCACACAGACACACUCGCACACAAACAUUAUUUCACACACAUGCACACAGACACACUCGCACACAAACAUUCUUUCAUUGUCUUCUCAAGCAGGGACGAAGACUGCAAAUUAGCUGAAGGAGAAGGCAGAGGUCAUGUUGAAGUUUCCAAAGAAACGCCAGCAGUGGGUCACAACAAGUUGGGUCCAGAGUCCAGUCCACAUGGUGUAUUGAAGGCCUGUGGAACGUUCCAGAAGGGAAGAGCGUCGUUCGGCAUGUCUCCGCUCCAGCUGUCCGUCUUGUGGCGGCUGUCGCUCGCCUUCUUCUUCAAUGCAUCCCUGUUCUUCCUAGACAUUUUCACAGCUGCGGUGGUCGAAGCGAACUGUCACAAUGGCAACGGAACACAACACGAAAGGACGCUUGCACGAAACCAAUCAGAGAGCGAGGAACUUUCAGGAUACGAAUCUGAUUGGAUGACUCGAAGCGGCGACCCAGACUCAGUGUGUGGCUGGACUCCAUGCUUGUCAUAUGGCCAGACGAUCUUCAUGGUGGGUCUGCUGCUUGGAUCGCUUGUGGGCGGAGUUCUGGCUGACAGGUAUGGCAAGCGUCCGCUGCUGCUGGUGUGCUUGUCGGUGCAGGCGGCAUGCGGCCUGGUGCCUGCUGUCCUCCCGCAGCCGUUCGUCUUCCUCGCCGUUCGCUGCCUGACAGGCGUUUGCUGCUCCUGUAUCAACAGCUGCUCCUUCAGUCUAGCUGUGGAGUGGACCGCCCCCUCCGCCCGCCUCUGGCCGCCCCUCUUUUUGGGCUUCUGCUUCAGUCUUGGGACAAUGGGCGGAGCUUUGCUGGCCUGGCUUAGUCCCACCUGGACGCAGCUUCACCUGUCUCUGGCUCUGCCUCAGUUCAUCUGCCUGCCGCUCUACCGUUCCAUUCCAGAGUCUCCGAGCUGGUUGGUGUUAAUGGAGAGAAUGGAUGUUCUGUACCACUACUGUAGCAGAAGUGAGGCAGACAAGCAGUGUGUGGACUUGCUUGUGGGCUCAAACAGGCUGGAGAAGCCGAAAGUUGCCGCGGCUCCGAAAGAGCAACCACCAAAUGACUUCCCCCUUAGACAUCCAAUUAUCCUACGGCGGCUGUCAAUCAUGAGCUAUCUGGGUGCUGUAACUGCGCUGACAUACUUCGGCAUCUGUAUGAACAUUGGCUCGUUCGGCGUCAACGUUUACUCCGCGCAGUUCUUCUCCGGCCUAUCAGAGGCUCCCUGUCUGCUUGUCCCUCUGGUCCGGCUGGAUCGGCGUCCGAUGAGCAUGCUGACCUUGUUCCUGAGCGGGACUGCCUGCUUCCUGUCUUUGCUUCUGUCCAGAUACCAAUGUAAGGCUUCCACAAAUAACCAAAGGCUUUGUGUGUGGCACUUGUUUGUGUACAGACUCCAUCCACUCUCGCAGUCUUUCCCAACCUUUAUUGAGCCAAAGCACAUAUUUUAUCCUGUACAUUUAAAAAAAAUCUCAUGGCACACCACUAAACAAAAAUGUCACAAAAAGUAUAUACAGUGGUGCCUUGAGAUAUGGAUGACCCAACUCAUGGUUUUUUUGAGAUAUGAGUCGUUCAGCAGAUUUUUUGCUUUGACCUGCGAGCAAAAAUUGAGAUACAACCGCUGUAACUCAAGUCACUUCACAAGAAGCAGCGGUUUGGCUGAUAGUGAACAAAUCUUCAAAAGGAGGCUUCAAGCUGUUUAGUGCCACUCCCAGUUCAAGUUUACUCUAAAACAUAAAAAGAGAAUUCCAUGUUGUGUAUUUAAUUAACACAAACACAGCUUGGUUGGGUCAGCUGUGGCCCAAUGGUUAAGAUCAUCGCUUGCCACUGUGGGGACCCAGGUUCAAGACCAGACCAUCCACCAGCAUCUAGCAUCUAUCAUCUCCUCACAGCUGUGGUGUCUUUGAGCAAGACACCAAUACCCCAAGCUGCUCCCCAGGCGCUUAAGUUGCCCCCUGCUCCAGUCUUUUCCACUAACAAGUGUGUCUGUUCACUGUGAUGGGUAAAAUGCAGAGAACAAAUUUCAUGUGCAUGCUAGCAUGUUCGUGACAAUAAAGAUGAUUCUUCUUUGCUGUAAAUAAGUCACUUUAGCUUAAUGCUAACAAACAAUGCAAAAUGCCAUACAGGGUGACGAAUAGCAUCGGUGUCGCAGUGUUAUAACCCUCUAAGCAAUGGAUAUUUGAAUACAAAACGGUAAAGCAACAGAUAAUAUAACAAUACUCACACAUAUAUUCUUUACCUCUGCAAAGAACGACUAAUAUAACUGCAAAUUACUGAGGAGCUGAGACCGGCUGCAUGUAAUACGUGAUAGACACAGGAAUUACAUGUCUAUAUUGUAUUAGCCUCAGGUUGUCAAAGCGCGCACAACAGAAGGAGCAGCACAAUGUCUGUUAAAUUGAAGCAAAAAAUAUGGCAAAACUGUUUAAUUCUUUACAUUCUAUUUAAUUAUGUCAUUACUGUAUAUCAUAAAGUACAAGAAUAGAGAAUCUUUUCGACGUGGCCAAAAAAUCUGUACAACUGAGAUGGUGAAAAAGAGUUUAACACUUAACUCAACAAUUCAGUACUUCAUUGUUCUCAGUCUUUGUACGUUUUCAGCGUUCAUCUUCAAACAUAUUUCAUGUAUUUAGAAACAAAACAUGGAAUUGAUUUUACAGGAUCUUUAAUUUACUCACUAACUUGGUGUGAAAUGUGGGUCUGCAUCAUUGAACACAAUCCUGAUAUAGUCGCUGGAAGCCAUGACUUAUUGUGAUGUACCAAUUGGCAACAGGUGGAUACACAGCUUAAUUCUCCUGGCCUGUUUCACGAGCUUGUGUUUUUUAAACUAAUUCUGUUGAACCACAAUUCAAAAGCAAUGUCUGAUUUUCAUUGAUUAAUUUUCAUAACUUUUUAAUGUAUUACUUUUGUCAGAUUAAAGUUAUCUCUAUGACCACUGUGGGUUCAACAGUGGGGUACCAACAAUUUUAUCCACGUGUGUAUGUGCUUGAGGCCCAGUGGUUGGGAAACACUGCUUGACUAAUUAUGCAGUGUUGGGAAGAUUACUUUGGAAAUGUAGUUAGGUACAAUGACAAUUUACCCUGUUAAAAAUGUAAUUGUAGUGUACCUAUUUGAAUUAUUGGUAUUUUCUUAAAGGAUAACAUAACUAAUUACAUUUUGGAUACUUUUCUUAAUUUUGUAUGAAUGCAUCAACAGGACCCGUGGAUGUUUCCUCAACAAGUGGAUUAAAACUAUAAAGGAUAGAAAUAUAUAUUGGAAUUAAUAACAUAUUUGUUCUUUACACAAAUAACAACCUGAUAACAAAACAUGAUUAAAUGUAAAUAGUAUGUGUUCAUUGCAUUGUGUGAACAGCUACAGCAUGUGAAAAACAUGACCUAACGACAUAAGUGCCUCAAUUUAACAAAAAAACCUCAUAUGACAACACAGAUAAGUGAAUGUUCCAUAAAAAAAAUCCAAAAUUCUAAAGAUGAAAAUGUUAAUAAAACGUCAAUGUUUUUUUGUGUUCAAAAGGGUAACUGUGAGCCAGCCUAACCUUUUGAAAAUAUCAGAAAAACGUAAUAGAUAGCACUACAACGUCGCGCUUUGAGGUCCGUCCAUCCAUCCAUCCAUUUUCUGUACCUCUUAUCCUCACAAGGGUAACGUGCGUACUGGAGCCUAUCCCAGCUAUCUUCGGGCGAACUGGUCGCCAGCCAAUCACAGGGCACAUAUAAACAAACAAUCAUUUACGCUCACAUACACACCUACGGGCAAUUUAGAGUCUCCAAUCAACCUACCACGCAUGUUUUUGGGAUGUGGGAGGAAACUGGAGUGCCCGGAGAAAACCCACACAGGCACAGGGAGAACAUGCAAACUCCACACAGGCGGGGCCGGGAUUUGAAUCCCGCUCCUCAGAACUGUGAGGCAGAUGCGCUAACCAGUCGUCCACCGUGCUUUGAAGUCAUUUGGAAAAAUACGUCAUGUUAGAGACUAUGGCAGAAUGACAUGACCGGAGAGAACCAAUCACAACCGCCGGCUUUAGACGGGGGAAGUACGGCUAUUUUUGAAAUGAAAUUAAAAUUGUCAUCAUGGGAAUUUGCAAACGCAACUGUAAUAUGAUUACACAUUUUCUCCAAGUAAUGUAACAGAUUACAAUUACAUAUAUUUUGUAUAAAUUACAUAAUCUCCCUGCGUAACAUGUAAUUAGUUGCUCCCCAACACUGCCAACAUACAAUGUGGUACAGAGCAGGUCAUGACGGGAUUAUGAUCAGAUGUCGGUCGGUUCUACAGGUGACGCAAUGCUGGUGAUGAGUUUGGCACUGGUGGGCAAAUUGUGCAUCCUGGUCACCAUCUUCAUCUUGGCUGUGUACAGCACCGAGCUGUUCCCCACAGUGGUCAGGUGACACUGUCGCGAUGGACGAGAGGAGGCAAAUUCCCCUCCUGAGGCCACUAGUAUGUUUUAAGAUGUCGUGUGUUCCACCCACAGGCAGCGUUGUAUGUCAGCGGUCAACUUGUGUUUCCGGCUCGGCUGUCUGCUCAGCACUCUGUUCCCGGCCAACACAGAGGGAGCCAUCUCACUGGCCGCCAUGCUUAUAUACAGCAGCGGGCCAAUCAUAGGCUGCGUAUUGU